UGACCCUGCAGACAGGUGGACGAGGGAAAUACAAACCAGAAUCUCCAUUUUCUUCUGAGUUGAUAAACCACAAAACAUCCAUGUGUGAAUGUCCCAGACUGAAACCAUACUCUUUGCUUGAUUAUCUGGGCUGUGGAGAGUGGAGGGAAGACGUAGCCCAAAGAGUUGUUGUUUUUUUUAUCAGAGCCUCCGAUGAGGAGAGAAGUGAGUGAUGAACAGAGAUAGAGGGCUGAGAUGACAGCUGUUUGACGGAGGGACAGCAGGAGGAGGUGCAUACGAGAAUCAUCCAACUUCAAAGACGAGAGGAUGCAUCACGCCAGAGGAACACGCAGCAAGACGUCCAUAUGCUGAGAAUGAGUGAAACUCCGAUAGAGCUUGAGCCUAAGCUAUCAAUCCAGCCACCUACACAGCCAGAGUUUGAGAGGGGGCUCCAGCCCCCACCUCUGUUUCAGCUGCCACCCCCCACCCAGGAUCCCCUUGUGACCCAGCACCGAACCCAGAUCCAUCCUGAGAUACAGCUGUCAGAGUCCGGCCCUGAGCACCGGCCCCAGGCAGUGUCACUGUGGGUGAAACAUCGAAGGCUGCUCCUCCUCUUGUGGGGAUUUUCCUUAUCUGCGGCCUUGUUGGGAUUAAUGUUCUAUAUCCACCAGAAUCUAAAUCGGAGCAGUGAUCAGCCAGGCACUGUGACUCCAUGUCUCUCACCGGCCUGUCAGUGGGCCUCUGCCCGACUGUCCACGUCCACUGAUCCUUUCAAGGAGCCGUGCGACUACUUCUUGUUCACAUGUGGAUCUGACAGACUCACGCAGGACAGUCGGGGGAGACAUAGAAGACAGGGCAUUCCUGGACAUCCACAGAACCAGAAUGGGAAGUCGGCGUGGCCAGAGAGAAAAGGGGAAAGGCCACUGAGAGAGGAGGAGUUGAUGGACAGGAAAACGAUGCUGCUGCAGUAUCUCAGGGAGAUUCUGGAAUCAAAUGACAGAGCCAGCAGUUCAGCCGUGCAGAAGACCAAAAGAUUCUUCCAUUCCUGUUUGGACACAAGAUCUAUAGAGACUGCUGGCGUGGAGCCCUUCCUCACACUGAUCCACAAACUGGGAGGUUGGGCCGUAUCAGGCCAGUGGAAUAAGACAGACUUCAACGCCACCCUGAGCCUGCUGAUGAGAGACUACGCCACCUUUCCAUUCUUCAACCUCUACGUGGGCAGGGACCCUAAAGAAAUGGCCAAUGGGAGGAACAAAAGAUACAUACAGAUCGAUCAGCCGGAUCUGCUGAUCCCGAUUGAAUGGAACAGCAAGAAACAGAAAUCUCGAGCUAAAGCUCAGACAUUACGUCCCUUCAUGGCCACAUGUCAGCGGUACCUGGCUCUUUUGGGGGCCCCUCCCAGCAGCGACAUGAUGCAUGUGGGCAUGUUCAUGUCUCUCUCCUCUGAGCUCGCUGUGAAGGCAACGCCUCUGCAGUAUCGCCUCUCAAAAGGACAGCUCCACCAGCGCAUGUCCAUCAAAGAGCUGCAGAUUCAGGCGCCUGCUAUUGAUUGGUUGGGCUGCCUGCGGGCUGCUUUCCAUCCUCUGCCCCUCAUCGAAGAUGACCACGUCCUUCUGCACAACUUGCCCUACGUGGUGCACAUGUCCCCCAUCAUUGGGAAAUGGCUGAAUAAUUAUGAGCCGAGCAACAGCGCCCCCCUGCAAACCUACAUGGUUCUGAACCUGCUGCACACGCUGAUGCCUGCCAUGGACUCCAGAUUCUCUGAGAGGGUGAACAAUGGGUCUGUGGGUGACGCUGAUGGGACAGCUCCUCGCUGGAGACGCUGCGUGCUGGAGACAGAGCGAGGGUUUGACUCGGUCCUCACUCACCUCCUCAGUGAGAGGACGGCGCACAGAGAGGCAGAGGAGAUGAUUGAGAAUAUCUUUUCCUCCUUCAAGUCCAAAUUACGUGAACUCAAGGGGACGAAUCCAAAGUCUCUGCAGUCUGUUGUGACGAAGGUUCAAUCCUUGAUUCCAAGACUCUGGAUUACAAGUGAGAUGUCUGGAGACGCUGAGCUUGACCGGCUUUUUUCUACGGUGUCGGUGAGCACUCACAGCUUCUUCUCCAACUAUGUCCAGCUUCUGUCCUUGUGGCAGAAGAGGCGCAGAAGACUCUUGUCUGAUCCGAGCGAGCCGCCUGAUGUUCUGUCUGUCACACCACUACUCCUGGGAUCUGAGCUCCUCUUUCCAUUGGGAAUGUUUGUCCCUCCUCUCUUCCAUCCAACCUACCCCAGAGCAAUGAAUUAUGGUGUGGUGGGCUUUCUUAUCGCCAAAGACAUCCUCCACAUGCUUCUGCCUGACAUUUACUCUCAGAGUGAGACGGUGCACGCUGUGGGGGAAUGUGUGUGGACUCACUAUCUCACUGUGACAGAAAAGGCGAGCAGAGGUGGAGCCUUUUCUCUGUCGUCAGCGCAGCUGCAGGAGGUGUGGGUGCAGUACUCUGCACUGCAGAUAGCGUUGCAGGCUUAUCACCAGAGUUUACAGAAACGUCCGGGGGACACGUCCAUCUCAGGUCUCUCACACACUCAUCUGUUCCUCUCAGCUUUCUCUCAGGUUAACUGUGACUUUGACCCCUACCAUGAGUUCAUGCCCCUGGAGCCCUCCUUCUUGAUUAAGGUCAUUUGUGCCAGAUCUCACCUGUGUCCCACAAGCCUUCAGUGUCCCAGUCAAACCCAGCAACACUCAUUACAAACCUGCUGAGGAUCCUCCUCUGAAGACUGGUGGGACUUUAGGGGUUUUGUUGCUCAAUAUUCAGAAUCGUCCGACAAAAUACUGACGUCCAUGUGGUGCUGUAGAGAUCCACCAUUACACUGUGGAUGUUGGCAAACUGUUUUUACAAAGAAAGUUUAUCUGCAAAAAGAACAACCAAAGAAACAGUUUUCAUUUAACCCUUGUAUGUUGUUCGGGUCUGUGGGACCCGUUUUCAAUGUUUGCUAUAAGAAAAAUGCUGCGAUAAAUGAAUUUUUCAACCUGAGUCUAAUUGGCCUUGGCUCAUUUUCUGUGAUGUACAUAUAAAAGAACAUGUUUUCAGUGACUUUACACUAUACACCCCCCCACACAUUUAUAUUGUACAUAUGUGGUGAUCGGAUCCACUGGACCCAGGACUACGUAAAGUGUGAAAUUGUACAUUUCAAGCACCUCUGCUCCCACAUUCCUGCACAUUGUACGUAAAAGUUCUCUGACAGUUUCUGCAUCUCAUAAGGAUUCUGUGGAUUCCCCAUUUGGAUUUGAAAACUCCAGCAAGGAUAAUAACCCCAAAGUAUGCAAAUAAAUGGGUUUGGUCCAUCUCAUUCCAGCUUUCUACGAAAACACGCUGUCCCUCCAAAUAAGUGCAGAAUGAUUUACGUAAUGAAAAGUUCGUAAGAAGGCUUGAUGCCUGCACAUGAGUCACUGCUAUCCGUGUCGGCCAUGGUUGCAUCCCUAUUACAUUGGUAGCCAUGCGAUUUCAUAAUUUUUUGACAACCAUAUGUUAGCUGCUGAUGGCCCGGCUUUGAUUUGGGACUGGCUGCAGAUUAACAUUUUACGUAGCUGGCUGAUGGUCAAUCUCAUCCUCUUCUUCAAACUCACUGUCAGACUCUGAAUUGAUAGAAACAGGAUCUUCAUAUUCUCUAAACUCUUCCCCUUCAUUGUCUUCCAAAGAUUUUCUCUCUUCAAAAAUAAUUUCUCAUGUAGACUGACAUGAUUGUGUUCAAUUUCUAAUUAAGUUCAAUAAAUAGACCUCAAUACUGA